AUGAAAAGAUCCCUCUCUUCAGAGCGGAGUGUCAUUGGCAGCGGGUUCAGAACCCGUAAAGCCAUGGAUAAGGUAGAUAUUAAGAAUAAGUUUGUCAAGAACGAAGGGAUAGGCCAUCCUGGGAGGAUUAGAGAUCCGUAUUUGAAUCGAAAAGAGCAGAAGAAAAGAGACUUGUUCCAUCAGAUUAAGAGAAAUACUAAAUAAAAUCGUUAGUAGGGCUAAAAUCGAUGAUAAAAGCUCCACAGAAUGCUUGAUUGAAGAGAAGAAGGGAGAGUACAACAUGCUUUUUAAGAAAAUGAAUAAGAAACUUAAAAAGUUUCCCACCACUAAAUCAUUUGAAACAUCUUCGCAAUAUCUAAAUACUAUUAGAAAGUAGCACAAAUAUUGAAAUCACAGAUUCUAUUGCCACAAUAAAACCAAGACAAAAUUCUAUAACAAGAAAGAAAAAGACCAUAAAUAGAGAGAGGCCUAAAUCUUCAUAUACAAGGUUAUACACAAGACCUGCAUCUGCAAUUACCACUAGAAUCCGAGCCUCAAUCAAAGAAAGCGAAUUUGAAACAGAGAGAUUGUCCCAAAAUGACUCAUUUUGAAAAAUAACAACAGAUGCCUAUCAAAGAAUCAAUGAGACCUCAGAGAAUGAUUCCAAAUUCACGACUGCUCAGUUAAUCCCUCUUUGCCAAGUAAAGUUUCUUGAAAAGAAGAUUAAAAUCUCUAAGAGCAUCAAGCGGGAACAUUCGAGAAAGUCAAAGUUAAAAGGAAAGACAAAGCAAAGGGCCCAGAAGGUCCUUAAAUCUGUUGACAAAUAUCUCGAAUCCAGAAGAGAAAGGCUUGUUGAAAAGAAGAAGACCAAGCUGGAUAGCUCCCUUCUUGAUCUCCAAAUGAGAAUCAUCUUUUCGAAACGCAAAGGGAAACCUAAGAAAAAGACUAAAAUUACAAAGAAAUAUGACCUUUUUGAGACUUCAUCUGAAGAACAGAUGGAUGAGCUUCCUCAGUAUGAGCUGCCUACUAAGAAACAUGUUCAGAGCCAGAAUGUUAUAAAGAAGAGGACUCUUCAUAAAGGCAAUCAAGAUAAAUUAGUUAAUUUGAACUUGCAGAAAAUUCGUACCAGCCCUCAAGUUAGUAAACUCUCUGAUCAGUCUAAAUUAACUUCAAAGCAAUCUGUAGCUAAUAAAAUUUUUCAAAGGAGACCUAGCAUCAGGCCUUCUCAGACCGGCCUGAUUUUACAGCCGAAUAUUCAUCAGGCACUAGGGGAUGUUACCCAGAGAAAGUCACCCUCAAUGCAUCAGAAUGCAUUGAGAGCUGGGAAUAUGUUUCGGUCACCAAACUUUGAAAUGUCGACUAAGAAUAUCUUCACCCCUGAGAGAAAAGACUCUAAUAACUCUAUCCAGAAACCACUUUCAAGAUCAGGCUCAGACCAGUCAAUUAAGAAGCAAAGUCUUAGGCAAAAGAGAUUAUAAGUCUCUACAAAAAGAGCAAGAAUGUACACAGGACUGUUGCUGUAGAGAAGCCAUCUCUUAAGAGGUCAGCCUUUGGCCAGAGUAUUGUAGAAGAAGAAACCCAGAAAUAGCGAGAAAAAGUCAGACCAAAGCCAUAAAUCUAAAUUCCAGGAUAUUUAUCUAAAAAGUAACAAUAAAGCAUCCAGGUUUGGCAGGAGAAGAGUUAGUGAUGGACAGAAAGAAGAAAAAGAAUUUAGAUUAUCAAAGAUUUUCCCAGAUGAGCUUAAAGGAGCAACCUUCGAUCAUCAAAAAUCCUCUAAGAAAGCUUCAAAGACACCUGAGAAGCGGAUAUUUCUGAAGAAGUCUACACCAAAGAUUUCUAUAACAGUGCAGCAGAGUCUUUCAGUAAUAAUUAGGAAAUUACGGUAUGGGUUUACUCCCUUACCUUUUAUUCCUGUCCCUACUAUAAGAACAAUGAAGAACAUAUUUUAUAUAAAAUUCAAGGAGGAAAUUAAGACAUAUACUCAGAAAGUAGUUGAUUCAAACAAUAAGGAAAAGAUUGAGUUCCAUGGACUCACCCCUAAAUUAAACAAUGAGCAGCUCCAAGACCUCAAUGAGCCAAUUAAUAUACUCUCCCUUGACCAAAUGUUUGGCUCUGAUGAAUUGGAGAGCGCUGAUAAUUUAUCCAUUGGAGGAGCCUCAUCAUUUAUACAUAUGGAGGGAGAAGCUCAAUCUUUGACUAAAGAGUACAUCAAAAUUGAUGGCAUAAAUUAUGCAUUCAAGCAUCUAGUCGAGAAACCGAAGCAAGAGAAAAUGCCAGAACUGGACCUCUCCUUCGCUGCUGGCUCUCUGAAGAGAAUCGAUAACCUCACAGCCGGACUGCUGCAUUUUAGAGAUUUUAACGAAGACGAAUCAGACGACUUUAAAGAGGAUCUGAGCGAUGUCCCAUCUGAUUUGGAAGAGUUUGACGACAAUGUGUUUUUGGAUGAGAAGAAGAUGAAGGAAUACGAAAAAGAUAUAAUGUUUAAGUUAAAAUAUGGAACUUCUGAGAAUAUACCAGAUAAUUUUGUCAGAAAGAAUGUUGUUACUUCUAUUGACCCAAAAAAGCUGUAUAGACAGUGGCAUAUGGAUGAAGGAUAUUUGUUUCAGAGACGCUUCUGUGGUUGUAAACCUAAAGUGAUAUUUGAUUUCUUGAAAAGACCUGACAAACAGACUGUGAAAAAAUGUUAUGAUUAUAUUCCCCUUGCUCUCUCACCAAAGAGUAAUUUAGAUAGCCGAAGGUAUAAUAGGAAACAGACAAAAUUUGAAGCCUCAAUGAUUCAUGAGAUGCUGCUUGAUGCUGAAGAUCUUGAUGAACUUUUAGAAGAAAUAAAAGAGUCACAGAUAUCGAAAAAGCUAAUCCCUUUGAUCGACGCUUGCUUCACCCUCUCUUACCUAAACCAAUGCAACGCAAAAGACUCAAAAAGGAUCCACUUCCAAGUCGACAUCCAAAACUCGUACCAAUACCGUAGCUACAGCUCCCAAGACCCUGACAUCACUCUCUCAGUAAAAUCCCCCACAAUCUCCAUCAUAAAGGGGCAAUACUGGAAAUAAGCUUCGAUGCUGUAACAAGAACACCUUUAAAUGGAUCACUGAAGAGAUCCUUAAUAGAAAAGAACUGAUCUACCAAACUGGGCUUAUAAAGAUCCUCACUAAAACCAAGCUCAAGAGGGAGAAACCCAAAAUGCUAGAGUAUUGCUCAGAUAAUAGUCAGGAGUGGAACAACUAUCUUCUUGGAGGAAAAGGGGGCCAUAGAUAUUCCUAUUCAUACUAGA